AUGACAGAAGACGUUUCUCAGUCACAAACUGCCAAGAAAGUUGCUCUCUGGACCAAGCAAGCUGCUUCUGUCAUAAAGCAAUACUAUCCACGCAAAUUUGUGGCGUUUGCAACAAAAGAAGGAGUGACCAAGCACAAAAAGUUGGAAGUUAUCAAAAGAUGCGACGGAAUGAAAGUGGAAAAUACUUACCCAAAUUUCAAAAAGCUUGUGGUUCCUGAUAAAUGGAUGGCUUUCAACCCUCUCAUAUGUUCGGAUAAACGCUAUAAUUUCUCAUCGUACAGCUCAAGAAUCAAGUUACCGACACUCAAACUACGACGAUCAAAAGACAAAAUCCAAGCGCACAUGGAGAAAGCGGGUGUAGCGGUGAGCACUAGAAUGCAUGUUGCCUACAAAAAGAAAGCCGCGGAGUAG